UCAGAUGCUUCAGAGGGUGAGGAACUCAGAGCAACUCCACCCACUGCAUAAAGCUGCAAAGAACGGUCCACUUACAAUUCUGGUCUGUGACUGACUCCGUUCUUCUGCACCUCAUCUGUUUCUUCAUAGCAGACAGUUGGAUUCUGGGGAUUCUGAGGAUGAAGACACUUGCUGGUCCAUGUAUUUUGAUGAUUCUCUGUCUCUGCUCAAGGUCAGAGGCUUCCACUGCCUUUGACCUCCUGCGUGAAACUGCUGUGAGUUGGACAGGGACUCUGCCCUGUGGUGGAUGGGACUGUGAAUGUGCAUUCAGGAGACAGCAGGGUUGUUGUUGUGUUGCGAAGCCACUGUUUGAGCUGGAGGAGGCCACCUUCAUACGUUUGGUUGGCUUAUGGGAAGGAUUGUCUCACCUGAACAGCCAAAUAGAGGAAGUCACAGCUGGAUCUAAGAUAGCCUUCACUGCUGCAAUGCUACCAAUGAGUGGAUGUCUUGGGCCUUUCACCAGCAACAUGUCCAUCUCUUACCAGUCUGUCUCACUCAAUCAGGGGAAUGGGUACAAUUCUGCAUUGGGUACAUUCACAGCCCCCCACGCCGGUCUCUACUCCUUCUCCUUCACGGCUUAUUCCAAAGCUGGCGAUGCCGGUGAGCGGCUCUACCAGAAGCUGCAGUUGAUGAAGAACGGUCAGCUGAUUGCCUCAUCCUGGGAGGAUAACCGUGAGGAUUCAGAGGAUAGUAGUACUCAGACUGUUCUUCUCCAGCUUAGACGUGGCUGUCAAGUCUAUGUUGAGUUGCUCUCAGGCAGACAGCUUUGUGGAGACACCCAGGGCCAUAACACUUUCAGUGGAUACCUGAUCUAUCCAUUCUCUGAGUAAUGAGAAAAGACCUGUAAACACAUACAUAACGAUCUUCAUUGUAAUGCCUUCCAUCG